AUGACCAAGAUCUCAGCACUUCGUGCUGCGCAAGUCAAUCGUCACCAAAAGCCUUUGAUUCAUCCAUCCCCCCUCGAAAACGCAAUACAAUGCAUAUUUAGGAUUUCUCGCAACGCUGUCGAUAGGCUGGCCCCAGAAAGGAGGCGUCGGCGUGCACAUAAUCAUCAUAUCGAGCGCCAAUCUCGAUCCAGCGAACCACCAAGUUCAAACGAACCACAGGAGAUUUCCCAAGACACAAGGGGCCAUGUUCAGUCCCAGAACUUCCUUAUAUCAGGUAAGUCUAGCUCCCUGUCCCUGUAAAAGGGGAUCGUCUCUUCUGAAUCGUCUGGAAUACCUGAUAAUCGUUCAAUUGAGCCACUCUUCAAAUCAAAACCACAUUUACUCAAUGGUCAAUUCAUUGAGCAGAGAUAAGGCCACUAUAGUUAUACAUUACCAGGCGGAUAGCCUUGAACAAGAGUAAGAACAGACAAUCCUGGACAGAAGAAAGAUUCCGCUGAUCUUUCCACGUCCUCCGGUUCCAAGCAAGUCAAGGAUAUUUCACUCUUCAAGCGAGUAUGA